UAUAAUGGGCAGAAAGAAAAUUCCAAUAGCUAAAAUUGAAGACAGACAAUAAAGAAAUGUAAGUUCUUAAACGUAGAAUAGAUUACAUUUCACAAAAGAAAGAUAGGAUUACUGAAGAAAGCAUACGAGUUGGCUUCUUUGUGUGGUGUGUAGAUUUAUAUGGUUUUCAAUGAUUUAUGUAAGAAAUAAGCUAUUCUUCAUUAUUUUAGAGGGGAAUGCCAUUCAUUUUAGAACUGAGGAGUUAAAUUAGAUAGAAAACAAUGAAAAGAAGAAGUAUUUAUUGACUCCAAAGGAUGUAUAUAAUUCAUUUCUACACCAGUACCCAAAAUUCAUUACUCGAUCAAAGACUAAAGUUAAUGCCCAGCUUAAAGAUCUGCCUAUCACUCCGUUAAAAUUAAUCACAGACCUUAUGAUAAACGAGGAGCCAUUAUAUUCUCGAUAUUCAGUUAUAAGUAGACAAUUUUUCCCAAUACCUCCGCCGAAAAGCAAUAAACCUAAGAAUGAAAAUAACACAUGAAUAAUAA